GUUUCGUGUAGAGUGUGGGUGUAAGAGGGAGAGUGAGCCCAGAGCAGACCACUGCAUUGACAAGAUCAGAGGCUGCAUAUUACAACCAACUAGCCCUCAGCCACUGUGGGCUCCCAGAUAAACUUCAGUGAAACCCUGACCCUGCCAACCCCCAUCAAUCACUUGGAAUUUUGUGCUCAGGUAACUUUGCCCUCUGAAGUGCAUCCAGCUCCACGGAAUGCUGGGAUAGAAGGAAUCCCAACAGCACGGAGGUAGCAGAACAGCUUGACAUUUGGAGCAGUGAGCUGGGACGGUGGCAGAGACUCUGUCACAUCAUGUACGCUACCGCUGGCCUGUUUGGACCCUUUAUACCCAGGAGAUUUGUGAGCUCCCCUGAGGCCCUGCUGUUGCCCCCUAUUCGGAUGCACAACUUUUACAGUCGGCCAUUUACCAUAGUCAUGAUGGACAUGGACAACCUCCAGGAAGGAGCAGGGAAACAUAUAGAGUAUCACCAUUUCUAUGGGGCUCCCUACUUCUAUCCAUACUGGUACAUGCCUCCUGCCAACCUGGCAACAUACAUGUACCCAUCAUACUAUCCAUACAAUGAGUAUUAUCCACAUCAGCACCCGCUCAGCUCAGCCAAUUGGCCUGAUGGCUCCAUCCUGAAGGGGGAGCUGCACUGGGGUAAGAUGGAGCGUGUUUUCGGACCAGUCAGGGAAUUGCCCGACUUUGUCCAGGAUGAGCUGCGCAGAGUCUAUGGCACGUAUCCCAAAACAAUAGUCACCAUCAGCUAUCAGAACGGGGAGUACCUGGUGAAGGGGGAGCCCAAGGUUGGCGAGCAGAAGUACAAGGUGGAAAAGAAAGUCAUCAGGCGACCAGCCACUCCCAGCGAUGAGGAGGACGACUCCGUGAGCGAGGUGGCAGAGAAACACAAAAGGAAGUCGAAACGCUAAAGGCGUUGUGUCUUCAGACAAUUUGUAAAGAAUGGACACUGUUAGUAAGAGAAAUGAAAGCAGGCAGUGCUCGAGGAACUCAGCGGGUCUGGUAGCAUCUGCAGAGAGAGGAAUAGAUUCGGUUCCGAUAGGACCAUUCUCAGGAACCAUUAGUGAGAGGUUUGAUUGCCUGUAAAGUCCCAAGGUGAUACAACAUUGCAGCACAGUGAAUCAUAGUGAGGAUGUGAAGGUGUGUGUGGGCAUGCUUGAGAUACCCUGUUAGUUUAUGGCUACACUGCCUGUUUGUACACAAACUCCAAAGCAACUAUGUCUGUAGUCCAUCUCGCAAAAAGCUGUCAGUUUUUAAACGUAAUUUAUGUAUUAA